AUGGAGAGUGACUUUUAUCUGGGUUACUACGUGCGUCACAAGGGCAAGUUCAGCCACGAGUUCCUAGAGUUUGAGUUCCGACCGGACGGGAAAUUGAGAUAUGCCAACAACAGCAAUUACAAAGAUGAUGUCAUGAUCAGAAAAGAGGCAUAUGUACAUAAAAGUGUAAUGGAGGAACUGAAGAGAAUAAUUGAAGACAGUGAAAUUACCAAAGAGGAUGAUGCUUUGUGGCCUCCUCCUGACCGAGUAGGCCAGCAGGGGCUCGCAACUGUCAUUAGAGAUGAACACAUUUCUUUCACAACAUCAAAAAUCUGUUCUCUUAUUAAUGUCAAUCAAUCCAAGGAUCCAGAAGGCCUACAAGUAUUUUAUUAUCUUGUCCAGGACCUGAAGUGUUUGGUCUUCAGUCUUGUUGGAUUACACUUCAAGAUUAAGCCAAUCUAG